AUGAAACUGUGGCUGUUCUUUCUGUCCGUCAUCUUUCCGUUGACGCAGAGUUAUGUCAAAAUGUCUCCCAAGGAGCGUAAGUUUUGACGACUAGUUUUUUCCCCGAAAAAAUGCGUUUUUUCUCUGAACGCUCUCCGCAUUUCGCAUACUCUCUAGGCCGCAAAGACCGUUCAAUAUCUCGGCUGCCCUUGCAAAGGGCUGGAUAAGAUUUUCUGGAGUUUAUAUGUGAUCUAUGACCGAAGUGUAGGGAAAAUUUCACAAAGGAAAGUACUUUUAUGGGGGCUCCUACUUUUUGACGGGACAUAUCUCAAAAAAUCAGAAAAAAUGUGCUGAUCAAGGAUAUAUAAAUCUUAGCUGCCCAUUUUAGGUUUUUAGGGGUGAAAACCUAAUCGGAAGUUGACUUAAAGUCCUAUUAAACCCCUUUCCGCUUAAUUUUUCACGGGUUUAGAAUUUUUAUUUCCGCUUAAAAUGAUGCUUAUUGAGUUUCUAAGAUGUAAUAAAUCAGUAUUGGCACAAAAAUUCAUUUUUCCGACCUUCAACGUCAAAAAAAGUUGAUUCGGCCCAAAAGGGAAAUCGAACCCGUGCGGCGUUCCCCUCUUGAUUCCCAGACUACGGCACUAACCACUCGGCCACACCGCUCUCUUCCGAAGGAAGAGACCGAAUGCGCUUUUUAUCGUUUCGAAUGCCUGCACCUUUUUUAGGGAAAUUAAGCCAGUUUUUGGGCAUUUUCACCCCUAAAAACCUAAAAUGGGCAGCUAAGAUUUAUAUAUCCUUGAUCAGCACAUUUUUCUGAUUUUUUGAGAUAUGUCCCGUCAAAAAGUAGGAGCCCCCAUAAAAGUACUUUCCUUGUCAAAAAAAUCGGACUGUCGCGCAUUGGUUUAUUAUCAAAAAAAGAAAUGAAAAUUUCAAUUUUCAUUUUGAUGAAAUUUUUGGGCCAGUUUUCGUCGACUUUUUUUUCCAUCUUUCCCACCACUUUUCUCUUCAGUGGCUAACAAGGCCUCAUGCAAGACCCUCCUCAGCAACAACUAUCACAGCUACGUGGACUUGGGCUACGACGAAGAGAGAAAGGAGGUGAUGUAUUCGAUCAAAAGCGGGAAUAACGAUAGAAUUAGUGGAUCGUUCAAAGCGCCGGGCUGGGAUCGAUGUUCCAUCUUCAGCGAUCCCAAAAAUUACAUUGUCUGUACUGGUGCAGAGGGAUUUACCGUGGUGAGGUAAGCUGAUUUUUUUGGGAAUUUUGAUUUUUUUGGAUUUUUUUUUAUUUUUUUUAAUUAUAUUUUUACUUUUUUUUAUUUUUUGGAAAAACUUCCUUAUUUUGGCCACAACAAGGGUAUUCUGCGAACUGCGCCCAAGCUUGGGAACUAAAGUUAGGAAAAAAGGCUUCGGCUGCUGAAUUACUAUAAUAACUCUAUAGUUUUAAGGGUACAUGCCUACGAAGGCUACGACGACUCAUUUAGUUCCAUACGGAGGCAAUAAGUUUAGUUCCGGACAUGUUUCAUCGUAUAAAGUGUUAAAUCGCGGGCAGCAGCCCUUUUUGAAGGGUAAGGUGGUACGUAAAAAAGAAGGUACCUCACUAACUAAAUCCACUGUCCGGGCAUUGACAACGAUGAAUUGAGCGUGCACGCUAAAUUUGGGCUAAUUCCGACCAGUUUCCGCAAAGUUACAAGUUGUGGCCAAAAUAAGGAACUUUUACCUAUUUUUUUAUUUUCAGUGGUGACAGACAAGUCCAUUUCAAGCCUAAUUCCGAUCCAGAUCCCACUGGAUUCGUCCUAGUUCAAGGCAAAAAUAAUUUCGUCCAAUGGGGCGCGUCGUCAGCGGUUGAUGUUGAGGAAAUCAACCUCAAUAAGACAACGGGUAAAAAUGACUUCUCAUAAAAUUAGCAUUGUUUUCAGACCUCGGAACGUGUGACGCAAAUGAUGCCGAGACGAAGGAAGUGUGCCCAUUUUUGAAGCCGGCCCUCCAUCAAAGGGAACUUUAUCAUCGGGCUCAUGCCAAAAAAGUAAGGCAUUUGAUAGUAGGCGGGUUAAAAAAAGCUCGGAAAACAACGUUUCACGGCUCGGCGGAGCUAAGUUGGUAAACUAUCCUUUUUCUGGCCCCGCCGAAAAGCAAGAAUUUCCGGUUCGCGCCCACAACUUUUGCUGACUGCGAAACAUGGUUAGGAAUUUGAGAAACACGUAGGAAUUUCAGGCUUAGCUUAGCCUCAGGCUUAGGCUGAGCCUCAGGCUUAGGCUUAGUCUCAGGCUUAGGCAGGUUAGGCUUAGGCUGUUUCCUACUUUUAUUCGCAGUCUGCAGGGAAACCGGGGCGCAAGCUGCAAAGCGCGGCGCCAGAAAAAGGAUAGUUUUCCGCUAAGUUUCAUCUUGUUUUCGAGCUCCGCCGAAGACGCGAGCUGCGCCCUGCAUCGUGAAUUUUACUCGUCUCCGUGCGUCAAAUUUUUUGCGCAAGGGCGCACCGUGCAGAAAUGUCAAGAUAUUUUGGUCCGCCUAGUAUAAAUUUGUCGGGAAAAUAAUGUGGAUUUGUCGUUGAAAUUUUGGCCUUGCCUCGUCACAAUUGGCGCAGCGACAAAGCGUUCGAUAUUUUCCCGACAGACUGACAUCAUUUUGAAAAUUUCUUCCAGUACGGAGGCAUGGUCUAUGGCGAUGACUACUUCACCUCCCAACUGGACUUUUGGUAUCCGGCAGUCUUCUAUGAGGGCAUCGUUGUGCUCAUCUCGACCAAAAGCAAGGGAUAUGGAGUUGUGGUGGAUCAGAAGACGGAGUAAGUUGGAGAAGUCGCCGGUUUACGGCUUUUAGCGAGUGCUACUACCUGGUGGACUACAAGAGCUUCGACGAGGAGAAGAAUAUCCCCGGCCACGAUGUGGAAGCGGCUCAAAAGGCACUCAACUCGUUGAAUCCGGCCCACAAAGCGGUCCGCAUCCCGAUUUUUGAGAGCGCAGAGCAAGUGGCGAGCUUCAGAGAGGGCCUCAAAGACACGAUCGACUAUACCAUAUUCCGAAGCCGGGGCUUCGAACAGUCCGGAACGUUGUUUUUGCACUUGUUGGCGUUUGCUACGACCUGUUUUUUGGGAGGAUUGGUCAUGUGCUGUGGAUUGGCGUUCAAAACUGGUAAGAAAAGUUUUUGAAAACAGUCGUGGUGGGACCAAAAAUAAUUUUUUUUUUUGAUUUUAUUUGAGUUUAUUUUUAGGUGGAGCGUACGACACGAUCAAUUCCAAGCCUGUGGAUAUCCAGGAGAUUGCUCGAGAGAACUUUUAUGCAGAAAUAAGCAGUAGCGACGACGGCGAAAAAUCUGUGGGCAAAAAAGGAAAGAAAAAUUAG